AUGGCAUCAGAUGGCCUCCCAAAAGAGGACAACACGCAAGCACCAAACGACAAUAGACCAACACCGAUCGCAAUCUGCGGCAUAGGCCUAAGACUUCCAGGCGGGAUCAACACCCCGACAUCUCUCUACAACUUCCUCAUCUCCCGCAAAGAUGCGCGCUCGAAACCAGACCAGCCGCGGUACGCAUCUGAAAACCACCACUUCACAGCAACCGGAAAGUCUGGGUCACUCCCGACGGAGGAGGGCUACUGGCUCUCCAACGACGAUGUCACGCGAUUCGAUCCCUCAUUAUUCUCGAUGAACCCAAAAGAGAUGUCAAAGCUUGACCCGCAACAGCGACUAUUAUUACAGGUGGUCUGGGAAGCGCUGGAGAGCGCUGCAGAAACGGAAUGGCAGGGCCAGAGGAUCGGUUGCUACGUGGGCAGCUUUGGAGAUGACUGGCGGGAGAUGCACGCCGUUGACACGCAGGACGACGGCAUGUAUCGUCUCACGGGGUACAUGGACUUCGUCCAGGCGAACAGGAUAUCUCAUGCCUUUGAUCUGAGAGGACCAAGCAUGACCGUUCGCACAGCGUGUUCAGCGGCAGGACUCGCUGUGCAUCUUGCUUGCCAAGCCAUCCGUGCCGGCGAAUGCGACUCAGCUGUUGUGGCAGGGUCCAAUCUCAUGCUGUCGCCAGGCUUCAGCAAGCUCAUGGCUGAGCAGAGCGUUUUAUCGCCAGAUGCAUCCUGCAAGACCUUCGACUCUAGCGCCAACGGUUAUGUCCGCGCUGAAGCGGUCAAUUGCCUGUUUGUCAAAAGACUCGACUUAGCGAUCAGGGACGGGAAUCCUAUUCGGGCGGUGAUUCGCGGGUCAGCGACAAAUUCAGACGGCAAGACUCUCGGGUUGACAACACCAAGUGCCCAGGCUCAACAGGAGUUGAUUCGCGAUGCAUAUCACUACGCCGGCAUUCCUGAGAGUGACAUGUGGCAGACGGCCAUGGUUGAGUGUCACGGCACUGGGACGGCUGUUGGAGAUACCAUUGAAGCAUGCACUGUUGGGACAGUGUUCGGUGACAAGGGCAUGCUGAUCGGUUCCGUGAAACCGAACCUGGGACAUUCAGAAGCUGCUUCAGCCAUUACCAGCAUCGUAAAAGCCGUUUUAUCACUCGAAACUCGUACCAUUAUACCCAAUAUCAAAUUUGAGAAUCCAAGCGUUAGCAUACCGUUUUCAUCAGCUGGCCUGAAAGUCCCGACCGAACCCAUGCCUUGGCCCGAAGAUCGCGCUGAGCGGAUCGGGGUGAACAGUUUUGGCAUAGGAGGAACCAACAUACAUAUAAUUCUAGAAUCGGCGGCAUCGGUGACAAGGCCGACCGCCGUCCGGGGUCCCGGCAACGUGGAUACCCCGCCGCCAUCUCCGCCUCUCCGCAGAGAACCGGCAACUCUGCUCCUUUUCUCUGCUGGCCACGAGGAGUCCCUAAAGGCCAUGGUUCAGGAUUACAAGACAUUUCUGAAAAUGCAGCCGUCGAGUCUGGAGGGACUUGCUCACACUUUGACACAUCGCCGGUCACAUUUGGGCUACCGAACGUUUACUGUUGUGACCGAUGAGUGCGAGAACUUGGUCUUUAACCAACCGUCAUUACCAAGUUUCAGAUCCAACACACAGAAUGCCGGUAUCGCGUUUGUUUUUACUGGCCAGGGCGCCCAGUGGGCAAGGAUGGGCUCUCACCUCCUGAAGACCAGUUGGGAAUUCCUGCAAGAUAUUCGUGAGAUGGAUGCGGCUUUGAAGAGUCUUCCGAAAGACCACCGGCCGAGCUGGGACAUCAGAGGCGAAUUGAUGCGAUCUGAGGCAAUGUCUCGUCUAGGCGAAGCGGAAUAUGCUCAGCCAAUUUGCACAGCCCUGCAGGCUGCCCUUGUACGGCACCUUGCCCGAUACCGCGUUGUACCAAAAGCAGUGGUCGGUCACUCCAGUGGCGAGAUUGCAGCUGCGUACGCUGCUGGUGUGCUCACCCUCAAAGAGGCCAUCAUAGUUGCAUACUACCGUGGCUUCACGGCCAAGAAGUUGAAGAAACAGGGUGCCAUGGCCGCCAUUGGUCUCGGAAGAGACCAAGUAACGCCUUUUCUGGCUGCUGGGGUUACGAUCGCCUGUGAAAACAGCAACUCCAGUAUCACUCUUUCUGGCGAUGUCGAGCCUCUCGAGGGUGUCUGCAAUGCCAUCAAAGAGGCGAAGCCGGACGCUUUGGUCCGACUGUUGAAGGUUGACAAGGCCUAUCAUUCUCAUCACAUGCGCGUGGUGGGUGCAGAGUACCAAGCCCUUCUGAAGCCAUAUCUGAGCCCCAACGCCCCCAAGAUCCCCUUCUUCUCAAGUGUCUCGCUGCAGAGGUUAGAACGCGCAUCAGACUUUGGCCCAGAUUACUGGCAACGCAAUCUCGAGUCUCCUGUGCUUUUCCGUCAAGCUGUCACACGACUUCUUCAAACAUCCUCGACAAGUCUUCACCUUGAAGUUGGCCCACACUCGGCGCUCGCAGGUCCGCUCAAGCAAAUUUACUCGGAAAACGCAAUGACGCCGGCAUACAUCACCGCACAGAAGCGCGGCGCAAACAGCAUGGUCUCGUUCUUGUCAGCAGUUGGCGAGCUCCACUGCCGCGGCGUGCCAGUGGUGUUCCCGGUGUUGGACGGUGUCCGUCCGCUGACGGAUCUUCCGCCGUAUCCUUGGCACCUGAGCAAGACGUACUGGCCAGAAUCAAGAGUCAUCAAGGCGUGGCAGUUUCCUAAGCAUCCCCCUCAUGAGCUGUUAGGCUCGCGUGUGCCUGAUCACAACAGCUCGACGCCCAGCUGGUGGUGUGUUCUAUCACUCGAGAAGGUUCCUUGGCUUAAGGACCACUGCGUAGGCUCAGAUGUCGUUUUCCCCGCCGCCGGAUAUAUCGCUAUGGUUGGAGAAGCCGUCCGCCAAGUAUCUGGUCAGACCGAUUUCACAAUUCGAAAUCUACAGGUCAUGAAUGCUUUGGUUCUCUCCACGGGACAGGGUUUGGAGCUUCUGACAUCGACACGCCGUGAAAGUCUCACUCAAUCCGAUGCCUCUGACUGGUGGGAGGUCAGUAUUCAGAGCUACAAGUCCGGAGCAUGGACUACGCACUGCACCUGUCGCGUGAAAGAUGGACAGGCCUCGCAAGGCCCUGACUUUUCAUCUCUUGCAGAUGAAUCAUUCCUGCGUCCUGUCGAAUCUCGGCGGUGGUACAAAGCUAUGUCUAAAGUGGGGUAUAACUAUGGUCCUCUAUUCAGGGGCAUGCGGAACAUCAGAGCGAGCGUGAGUUCACCUGCUGCCGCCGUGGAAAUUUCAGACGCUCGUGAAUGCAACGAGUUGAAGUCGACGUACGCCCUCCACCCCAGAGCCAUAGACCAAGUCCUCCAGUCUUUGGUGGUAGCCAACAGCUCCGGACAACCACGUCUGCUGGACAAGUUGUAUCUACCCACCCACGUUGACGAGAUCUUCAUCAGCGGCUCCGCAUCGUCCGGGUUGAUUCAUUUGCAGACCUCGACGAAGGGAGGUUCUGCCACCUGUGAGGGCAGCAGCUUUGGGUAUCUUUCUGGAAAGGCCAACGAACCCCCGGUCAUCUUCAUGAAAGAUCUGCGUUUCUCUCCGGUGGACCUUGAGACCUCCGACGACAAGUCAGUCGACUCCAGGGUAGCCCAAUUCCUGUGGAAGCCAGACCUCGACCUCGUCGAUCCGAGACAUUUGGUCUCCUCGCAGGCCGAUGAGUCGUUUUCGUCCAUCCAUGGACUGCUUGAGAAUCUCUUCUUACUUUGUGGUGCUGCUGCCUUGGAUGAUCUAAACGGCUUGGAUCUGGACUUGGAGAGCCAGCCACAUCUCAAGAGGCACUACAAUUGGCUGCAACGCCACGUCUCAGACGCGCACAUCGGACGCCACAUGCCUUCAGAAGACCGUUUGUUGCGGAUAGCUAGCAUCUCCAGGCAGCUUGCACAAACACCCGCCUCGUCAGUGGCCACCCUGAUCAAGCGCUGCUUUACCCAUGCACGAGAAUUCUUCAACUCCGAGCGGGUGCCUCUUGAAGUGUUCCUCCAAGACAACGCGCUACACGAACUUUACGACUGGAUGAAUACUUUGUUCUCUUAUAAGCCUCUGCUAGAACUCCUGUCGCACAAGCGCGGCAGACAUCUCAGGGUUCUGGAAGUUGGCGCCGGGACAGGUGGCUUGACGGCUCGGAUCUUGAGACAUCUCGUAUCUUGCUUCAGUGAGGGACAGGCAGUCGGCAAGUACGUCUUCACAGACGUGUCCGCUGGUUUCUUUCCAGCAGCACAGAAGAGAUUCGAAGAUGUCCCGUCUGGAUUCGUUGACUACCGUGUCUUGGAUAUCAGCCGUUGCCCUGCCGAACAGGGUUUUGGUGGCGAACAGUAUGAUUUGAUUGUCGCCAGCAACGUUCUUCACGCCACCCCAGACUUGACGCAGACCUUGAGACAUGCCAGGUCACUCUUAAAGCCAGAUGGCCGACUGCUUAUGCACGAGCUAUGCAGUGAAACCAAAUGGAUCAACUUCAUCUUUGGCUAUUUCUCGGGGUGGUGGCUCGGAGAGGCUGACCAACGCGUCAACGAACCGUACAUCUCCCCAGCACAAUGGCAAGAGCGUCUGCAAGCCGCAGGCUUCUCUACGCCAAAUGUCUUCUACGAUGGCGUCGGGGAGGAUAAGUUGAACGCCACCAUUGUUGCUCAGCCCACUCCACAGGACCUGCAGCCAUCGCCACAAGCAAAGCAAGUCACAUUGCUCUACGAAGACGAUGAGACGCAUCUCGUGGUAUCUCAGCUGCGUCUAACACUAGAAGGUCAAGGCUACAAGGUCACUUGCACAGGCUUGAUGUCGAAGGAUGUCGAAAUUGCUGGCGCCGUUGUGUCUGCCGUGGACCUUUGCCGGGGAGACGGCUACUUCCACGACAUGACGCAGGAGAAGCUUGAUGCUUUCAAGCGGUUGGUGAAAGCCAUGGAGUCAACGAAUUCUGGUCUCCUCUGGAUCACCAAGUCUUGCCAGUUCAAACCCACCGAUCCGACCUAUGCCCCUGUACUCGGCGUAGCGCGUACAGUUCGCGCCGAGAUGGGCCUCACAUUCGUCACGUUGGAGCUGGAUAACGUGCAAGACGGCGCCCUACAUGCGGUCUCUCAGAUCUUGCACAGAGCCAUCCUUGAUCAAAACCAAUCCCGCGAGAUGGAGUUCGCAAUUUCCUCAGGGAAGGUCUUGAUUCCACGUUGCCAAUGGACACCAAUAUCCCGAUCCCUUCAAGCAACCAGGCCCCCGUCUCCCACAAAGAUGUUACAAAUUGGCAGACCAGGGGCCCUUCAGACUCUCCAUUGGGUAUCUCGCACACUGCCUGAGGAGCUCCUUCCCAACUCCGUACAGAUCAAGGUCCACGCAGCCGGCCUCAACUUCAAAGACGUCGUCACGGCCAUGGGUCUCAUCAUCCCUUCUUCGUCCGAAGGUCUCGGCUGUGAAGCCAGCGGCACAGUGACAGCCACGGGAUCUUCAGUCACGAACCUGCGUGUCGGAGAUCGCGUCAUGGUCUUCGCCCCGCAAGCCGCUUGCUUCUCGACCGACGUACAAGCUCCAGCUCAGCUAUGCGCUCGCAUCCCCGAUUCUCUAAGCUUCGCAGAUGCCGCUGGUAUGCCAUGCAAUUUCAUCACGGUGUUACGAGCUCUGGUUGAAAAGGCCGGACUUCGAGCUGGGCAGAGCGUGUUGAUUCACAGUGCUGCCGGCGGCGUUGGUAUUGCUGCCAUGCAGAUUGCCAGAUGGAUCGGGGCCAAGGUCUAUGCGACGGUCGGCAGCGAUGAGAAAGCCGACUUCGUGUCUAGCGAGUGGGGCGUCCCGAGAGAAAGCAUCUUCUGCUCGCGGGACACGAGUUUCGUUGAGGGUGUCAAGGCAGCAACUGGUGGCCGUGGCGUAGACGUCGUGCUCAACUCUCUCUCGGGCGAGCUGCUUCAUGCCUCGUGGGAAUGCGUAGCUCCCCACGGAACGUUCGUCGAGCUCGGCAAACGCGACACCCUCGCUGGUGGUCGACUUUCUAUGGCGGCUUUUGACGAGAAUCGGUCAUUUGUGGGCGUUGAGAUGGCGAACCUUGCUGCUCAGGAUCCGAGCAUCGUGGGUCGUCUGUUGGAGCAGGCAGUUGCGCUUUAUGAGAAGAGACUGAUCUCGCCGGUAACUCCGUCACGCAUCUUCUGUUGUGGAGAUGUCCAAGAUGCCUUCCGCUACCUCUACAAGGGCACCCACAUUGGCAAGGUCGUCAUCGAUCUCAGCGAUGAAACGCAAGAUGCUUUAAAGGUGGCCCGCCCAACGCCAAGUCCAGCAUUCAAGAAUGACGCUACCUACAUGCUAGUAGGUGGCAUGGGAGGUCUUGGUGGCUCAAUUGCACGAUGGAUGGUCUCUCACGGCGCACGAGACUUGGUUUUCAUUUCCAGGUCAGCCGGUGCUGGCGCUGAAGACCAAUUCCCCAUGGCCGAGCUGGAGGGAAUGGGCUGCAGAACAACUGCCAUUGCAUGCGACAUCACCGACGAAUCAGCUGUCGAAGCCAUCGUUUCGAGGGUGUCUUCAUCGAAGCGCAUCGCCGGCGUCAUCAAUCUUGCAAUGGUCCUUGCAGACGGGUCCCUGUCAACGCUUAGCCUGUCUCAAUGGCAGACAGCAACGAACCCCAAGAUUCGCGGAACGUGGAAUCUGCACCGCGUUCUCCCGGAUGACAUAGACUUCUUUGUGUUAUUCGGCAGCAUGUCUGGUGUCCAUGGGUACCCGGGCCAAGCAAAUUAUGCCGCAGCCAACACCUUCCUAGACAGUUUCGCACAGUAUCGUCGCGGUCACGGAAUGCCGUGCUCAGUUGUUGACCUCGGUGGCGUGGAAGACGUUGGCUAUGUUAGCCGAACUCAGGAUGUCGAGGAUGCCAUGCGAAAGGCCGGUGCAAAGUUGGUUUCCGAGUCGGAGAUGCUGAAGGGCUUGCAGCUUGCGAUCGUCACAUCGCGAGACACUGGCAACGAAGACAACAGCCGUUUGGAUAGCCAACUUGUUGUCGGCCUCGACUGCACUAUCCCCAUCGAUGAUCCAAGCAACCGCGUCGUGUGGAAGCAAGACCCGCGCAUGGUUCACUAUCUGAAUAACUCAGAAGACGCCGCCUCAUCGCAAAACAAUUCUGGUCGACCUGGAUUAGCCGACUACAUCGUCCGUCUUCAAGGCAACCCACAGGAGCUGGAUUCUCAAGCCACUGUCGCAUAUUUAUCAAAGGAAAUUGCUCAGAGGGUCUUUGGUUUCUUGAUGAGAGAGAUUGACGAAGGGGGAGUAGAUACAAGCCUGUCACCGUCGGCGCUUGGUGUCGACUCGCUCAUGACGAUUGAGAUCCGCAACUGGUGGAAGCAUACAAUGGGAGUUGAUGUGAGUGUGCUUCAGCUGACGAGUGCCCAGAGCUUCGAUCAACUGGGACAGCUGGCUGUUGGACAAUUGAAAAAUAAAAUAUCGACUUAA